UAAGGCGUGUAAGAAUUACCCACACAGAUGUACGAGCCUCUUAUCAAUCGUGUGUUACAGCAGAUAAUAGACAUAAUAUCUGACAUCGCGUUGUUGAAAAUCUCUGUUAUCACUGAGAUAACUUUUGCGAAUCUUUUCAAAACAUUGUGUUUUAAGUGUGAAAAAAUGUCUACAAAGCGAAUGAUAUUAGAGGGAAACAUCAAGGCGUUCACGAAAGCAGAUGUGUUCCUUACUCCUCCACCGCGAGAUUUAGAGGAACAGUUUUAUAUUCUGCUCACUCCCGGCGCUAUUGAAUUUUUAGUUCGUUUGAUCACAAGAUUUGAGAAUGACAUUGAUCGCUUAUAUACGGAACGACUUGGUCGAAAAUAUGAAUUACAACGUACAAGACAGCUGCCACAGUUUCCAGCCUUUUCGGAUGUUGCGCGAGCAGAAUGGAAAGUAACGAAUGUUUCCGAACGGUUGCGUAACCGACAUCUAGACUUGGCCGAUGUCAGUCCAUCUGAUUUGGAGCACUUCUCCGGCGCUUUACGCGCAGAUGUACAAGGAAUUCAAGUCGACUUCGACGACGGUCAUUGCCCGACUUGGCGAAAUCAAAUUACCGGCCUAUACAAUGUUUAUCGAGCGAUGCGUGGUCAUUUGCCGAACGUGCCACAUAUAUCGAAAGGGCCGAUUCUUAUGUUCCGUCCCAGAGCGUGGAACAUGAUGGAGCACAAUAUGAGCGUCAAUGGAAAAGAAGUACCAGGACCUUUGUUUGAUUUCGCGCUUUUAAUUUAUCAUCACGCUCACGAUUUGUUACGACACGAGGUAGGACCGUGUUUCUACUUGUCGAAACUGGAGGAUGCAAGCGAAGCGAUGCUAUGGAACAAUAUUUUUACAUGGAGCGAGCAGAUACUUGAGAUACCUUACGGUACAAUCAAGGCUUGCGUUUUGAUCGAGAACAUUCUUGCUGUUUUUCAAAUGGAGCUUAUCCUGUAUGCGUUGAGAGACCAUUCACUUGGCUUGAAUUGUGGGAUUUGGGACUAUUCUGCGUCGAUAAUAAGCAAAUUAGGUGCUAACAAGAAUUAUCUUAUUCCUGAUAGGGAAAAAUACGUUAAUAUGAGUAAAUGCUUCUUGAAAAAUUAUAUGAAGUUGGUUAUAUGGAUUUGUCACAAGAGAGGCACGUACGCUACAGGUGGGAUGGUAGCGGAAAUCUUACCAUCUGAAGAUCAGAACACUUCCUCGGCUAUAGUACACAAAGUGUAUCGUUCCAAGUUGACAGAAAUUCAAAUGGGUAUCGACGGUUUCCUAGUAUACGACUUAAAAUUAGUACCUCAUAUCAACAAACUAUGGAGCGAUUAUGGGGAAUCCACUUCGCAAAACGCGGUCGGUUGUACCUUAACCGUGCAUCCUGAAAUUUCUGUCGCGGACUUACUAACGUUACCGGUGGGAGGAGUAACAACAAAAGGUCUAAUGCACAAUAUAUCCGUAGGAAUACUUUUCAUCUUUAAUUGGUUAAACGGUAAGGGUCAUUUCAUCUACAAAGGCUUCGUGGAAGACUCUGCAACAGCAGAGAUCUCUCGAUCUCAGAUCUGGCAGUGGAUCAGACACGGAGCGCAACUAGAAGAUCCGCAUGGAGCUGGUGAAAUUAUCACUAGACGAUCCAUUCUUGAAUGCGCGUCUCAUACACUCGCCGAAAUAAUGGAACGAUAUGCUAAAGAUGAUGCAGCUAGAGAAAACAUACUUGUGGCAUUUAAUCUAUUCAUGGAACUUAUCAACCAUAGAAACUUUCCCGAGUUCAUUACAUCAUAUCUCAACAAUGAGCACACUUUUAGAAAUAUUCAUGCCAAAUUAUAAUAUAUACCUUUGUACUUAUUUACACAUUUUUUAUCAAAUAUAUGGCUUUACAUAAUA